AUGUCUGCUUCAUCGAGUCCCUGGGGGCUAAUCAUCUUCUUCGUUCUCUCAAUCUCUCUUUUCGACACUGUAUCAGCCCUACCAACAAAAACAUCGUCUCCCGUUCUUCGACCAUUCAUAUUGCCACCACCAAAGCAGCACUUGAGUCGAAGACAUAAAGGUCGCGAAAGGUCUUUCUCCCCAAGACUAGAUAUCAACUUCCCCGACCCAUGUCUUGUUCAAGACCAAGACGACCACUGGGUGUCUUUUGCAACAAGCGGUGGUGGCUACCACAUCCAGGUCGCUGUGGCAGAUGAUCUCAUGGGCGAGUGGACUCAUCUCCAGCAGGAUGCCCUCCCUGGAGAUGGAUGGACGAGUGGCAGAAAUUAUUGGGCCCCUGACGUGCGGAAGCUGGAGGAUGACUCGUACAUAAUGUACUUUUCUGGAGAACUUCCAGAAGGUGGACAUUGCAUUGGAGUUGCACGAUCCCACAACAGCACCGGUCCAUAUACAAUGGAUCCUGAACCAUUCGCCUGCCCACGUGACGAAGGCGGCGCAAUCGACCCGGCGGGUUUCUUUGACGAGUCCACAAAGAAACGAUAUGUCGUCUAUAAAGUCGACGGCAACGCUCUCAACGACGGCUCGGGAACUCCCAUCCGACUCCAAGAGGUCUCGACAAAGGACGGCUCCACACCAAUCGGCAAACCUGUGGACAUCCUGGACCGGAUCGUCUCCGAGGAUGGGCCCCUGGUUGAGGCUCCUAGUCUGGUACGGACAGAACAGGGCAAGUAUCUGCUCUUCUUCAGUAGCCACAUUUACACAGGUGAUGCCUAUGAUCUCAAGUAUGCCAUAAGUGACCGAGUCGAGGGCCCUUACAGGCGGGGGAAAGCUCCAUUUCUCAAGACACCAACUCUAGGCUUGAAAGGCCCUGGUGGAGGCACAAGUUCGGAAGAUGGACAGUUCAUGGUGUUUCAUGCGUGGUGCGGGAAGGGCAAGAGAUGCAUGUAUGCCAUUGGAUAUGGCCUUGAAUACGACUAG